UCCGUAAAAAUAUCAUCCAUUUCUGUCACUCCACUCGCCCUUGCCUGAUCGGUUCUGCCGCCAUGGAUGGGCGCGAUGACCUCCACGACUGGGAGAUCCUCCCCGGUCCCGAGGUCGAUUGCCAGGAGUCCGAUCCCUUGGAAGCAUCGGCGGGUGGCUCCAGCGACGGCGCCGUAGAGUUCGACUCUUUCUCUCUCCAUUACCCGAUACAGCACAGGAGAGGAAUCGCCUACGAAGAGGAGGCGGUGGCGGUGGAGAAGGUAGAUCCCAAUAAUCCUGCUUCGUCUAUUGAUCCGCAAUCAAACUCCCAAUUACUCCCUGAACAUUUGAAUCCGUCCCGGUCCGAUGAGCCCUCGGACGGCGAAAGGUCGCAUCUUGGUAGAGAAAAGGGGGAGUUCGGCGGUACCAGAGGUUUGCUGACAAGAGAUAACACCGGAGACGAGGAGGAUAAUGAAGGUGCUAUUGUUAAAGAGAGGGAAGGAAGAGGGACAGGGUUUGUGAAGCCUGACGAGCAGAAUUAUAAUUCUUCGAUGGAAAUUGGUGAUAAGGAGAACGAAGACGACUCUGGCCAUGCUUUGGCUAAUGGUGGAGAGAAGAAGGGGGUGGUUUGGUGGAAACUGCCCUUUGAGCUUCUAACAUUCUGUGCUCUCAAGGCGAAGCCAUUAUGGUCUAUCUCUAUCGCUGCUGCCGUAGUUGGGGUUUGGAUGCUUAAGAAGAGAUUGUACAGGGGACAGAAGACUCAGAUUGUUCCUUUGAGGAUUAUCCUGCAUGAAAAGGCUGAUCUUCCUGUCACUAAUCUAUACGGAAGUGGAACAACAAUGAUUUACAAACAAGCUUCCGAGAAGGCAUUGCAAUUGAAGAUACAUGCAAAGCGUUUGGAUGAAGCUUACAAUAUCGCCAGACGUGUUAUUGUUGUUAGAUCUUCCCAUCUGCUUGCAGCCUGAUCGCUCAAUCUAUGGUGGACAUUCGAUGAGUUACAUAAUCAUUCUCGGGUACUGGCAUUUCAAACAGUGCUUCAUCAGGUUUCAGUUUGAGAUCAACGAUGAAGUUAUCUACAGAAUAGCUUUAAAAGUCUAUUCGUCUAUGUAUAUUGACAAUAAAAUCGAGUUGUUUGGGGUUUAAAUUCGUUUAAAACUAAUGAAGAAAUACGUGCUGCUGCAUGUCAGAUGAUAUUUAUUCA